AUGAGGAGUCAAAUUGAAUCAUUUUUGGUGGUUGCAGGGGUGAUUGCUGGAGGAGUUUUAGUGAAUGUACCGUUAGCUGUAGGUUGGUUCUAUGGCAAUUUGUCACCUUAUAUCGACUCUUAUUUCAUCGCGUCCCUUGGAAGAGAAAAUCACACAGCAGGGUCCCUGUGGAUGACAUCACUGUGGCUACUGGCAAUUUCACCGUGCUUAGUCCUUUCAGGAUAUAUGGUUCGCUACAUUGGCCCUCGAUGGACUCUCGUAUCUGGAAUGAUCUGUUUCAACGUAGGGAUCUUCAUGAGCUACUUCACACUAAAGUCCAGUUUCGUGUCAUUGCAUGUGACCCUCGCUGUGAUGACCGGACUGGGUUGCGGACUGAGCUACUCCAUGACCCUAUUGUACGCUGGAACAUGGGUCAAAAGCCGUGUGGGUCUGGCUACAGCGGCUGUGUCGUGUACACUGGGUGGAGGAGCGCUGUUCGUGAACUUGGCUAUAACGUUUUACAUCAACCCGCAUAAUUUACAACCGGAUAUCUUUGUUGGUGAUAGCACAUAUUUCUCACAGAGGGAAAUUAUAGACCGUGUGCCGACCGUGUUUUUAGUGAUCGGCGGGUUGUCAUCUGGUUGUCAUUUAGUAGCGAUUUUCUUGAUGAGACAUCAUCCCGACUUUGAUAAAUACAAGAAUUCUGCCAGGAAGUCUUUAGAAAAUGGCAUUUCAUCUACGAAUUUAACAGACAAGAGUGUCAGUAAGACAGCAUCUUAUGCUUCGACUGGAACAUCAUACACUUCAGCUGCGAAUGACUGUGAAAACAAGUCUUCUUGUCAUGAAGGGGAUCUGCCUGAUGGGACGAAAGAUCUUACAGAACAAGAACUCCAACUGUCACCUGGACAGGUGCUAAAAUCCAGCGCUUUCUACCUUAUUUCGAUAUCUGUAGCCCUGCUCAUGGUAGGGUAUACAAUAGAAUUAAGCAUGUACAAACAGUUUGGGUUAGUUUAUAUCCCUGACGAUUACUUUGUGGCAAACAUUGGAGUAGGAAUCAACAUUGUUGUUGCCGUUAGUAGGAUUCUCUGGGGUUACACGCUGGAUAUUUUCAAUGUAAAAACCAUGUUCAUAGCCGUUACUUCCUCUCAUACAAUACUCUCAGCAUUUUGGUAUUUUACUCCACUGGCAAAUCGAUGGCUUUACUUAUUCUGUACUUUAGCUCUGCAAGCGUCGUUUAACGGAAUCAUGAUCGUUGCUCCAGUGGGAGUUUUGAGGCUGUUCGGCAAAGAAUAUUAUUUGAUCAAUUACGGAAUGACAUUUUCUGUAUCCAACGUUUCAUUUCUGACAAUUCCACAGGUGGCCGUAAUUGUCCGCGCCACUCUAGGAUGGUACUGGUUGUUCUGUUUGGUCCCAACGACAAGUCUUCUCGCUUUAAUUUUGUCAUUGUGUCUUCCCAAGUUUCCACAGCAAUAA